GUUCCUGCCCUCCAUUAAUACAUCCCCACCCCGACCUCCUCUUUCUCCCUCCUCUCUUAUUACCACCAGCUGCCUUCUUCAAGACGAACACCAUUGCUCAUAGGUACUUGCUGUGCACUGCUAGGGAGAGAGUGUAAGGUAGCUAGCGGGGGAGGAGAGAGCAGGGUAGCUAGUUGGAGAUGAGGAGGGGGUUCUUUGGCCCGGCCAAAGACGCGGCGAGGAGGCGUGUCUCCGCUCCACGAGAGCAUUCGUCCGGUGGGGGUGUGGGUGCUGUUGUUGACGCCGACAUGGCCGACGACUUCGUCCACGUCGAGGGGGCGACCGGAGAAGAAGCCAUGCAGGCGGCUGACACUCUCCCUCCGCGUCGAGGAAAGGGGCAAGAACAUUCGGAAAGCUGCAUGGGAGCUGGUGGCGGCCAUGGAGCGGUACCAACAGAGAUGCACAGCUCUGGUGCUGAUCACGACAGCGAUGCAGGGAGUACUGGAGGUGGGGUGGGUGGAGAACCAGGUCCUGAUAUGGAGGCUUUCAAAAAGAUGGUAAGUGAUAUAGCUGAAAGAGUGCUGCAGCAACAGAUGGCCAUGAUUGAUGCGGAGACUGACUACAAGUUGAUGACGCUGGGGAAGGAAGUUGAAGCUUCUGAGAGGCAUAGCAGAAGCCUGCGUGCUCAGAUGGACGCAGUCAUAGCAGAAGGGAAUCGCAGGCGCAUGCAUAUGCUCACCAGGGGGAUCGUUCAGGAAGUGAACAAUGGUUUGCGUGAUGCAUUCCAGCUAGCAGGGGCAGGAAAACCAUGGUUCUACGGCCUUGAGCAGAAGAUGCAUUAUUAA